GCUUUGAGCAUUCUCCUGGCAGCCACCAUGAAGCCCACAGUCUCCAUCUGCUGCAUGCUCUCUCUGCUGCUCCUCAUCACAGCAGAGGAAGAAGAGGACGUCCUCUCGUCUAUUCUGAGGGAUCGCUCCCACAUUGAAGAGACUCUGAGACUGGCCUCUGAGGAAAACUCUGGAGAUUAUGCAGCUGCUCUGCAGAAACUGAGGAAGAUCUAUCACUCCUCCAUAAAGCCAAUGGAGCAAGCCUACAAGUACAACGAAUUAAGACAACAUGAAAUCUCAGCCUACCCCGGACGAACACUAGGGGACUCGUGCACAGAUGGAGAAAUUACUUCCAAACCCAUGGUGCUGUUUCUGGGUCCAUGGAGUGUAGGCAAAUCCUCUAUGAUCAACUACCUGCUGGGCCUACAGGACCUUCCUUACCAGCUCUAUACAGGUGCUGAACCCACUACCUCAGAAUUUACAGUGAUAAUGCAUGGAGAGAAGAUACGCUCUGUUGAGGGCAUUGUUAUGGCUGCUGACAGUUCACGCUCUUUCUCACCCCUGGAGAAGUUUGGACAGAACUUCCUGGAGAAGCUUAUUGGUAUUGAGAUGCCCCACAAGCUACUUGAGAGGGUCACCUUUGUCGACACACCUGGCAUUAUUGAAAACCGCAAGCAGCAGGAGAGAGGCUACCCCUUCAAUGAUGUGUGCCAGUGGUUCAUUGACCGUGCUGACUUGAUCUUCGUGGUAUUUGACCCAACUAAGCUGGAUGUGGGUCUGGAGCUGGAAAUGCUCUUCCGCCAACUGAAGGGGCGUGAAUCCCAAAUACGCAUCAUCCUUAACAAAGCUGACAACUUGGCUACCCAGGACCUAAUGCGUGUCUAUGGUGCCCUGUUCUGGAGCUUAGCCCCCCUUAUCAAUGUAACUGAACCACCACGUGUCUACGUCAGCUCUUUCUGGCCUUAUGACUAUGCCCCUGACACAAGUAGAGAACUGUUCAAGCGUGAGGAGAUAUCUCUCCUGGAGGACCUUAACCAGGUGAUUGAGAACCGUCUAGAAAACAAGAUAGCCUUCAUCCGUCAGCAUGGUAUCCGUGUGCGCAUUCAUGGCCUGCUAGUAGACCGCUAUGUCCAGACCUUCAAAGAAAAGAUGAGCUUUUUCAGUGAUCCUGAACUUGUUUUCAAAGAGAUUGUAGAUGACCCUGACAAAUUCUAUAUCUUUAAGUCCAUCCUGGCCAAAACAAAUGUUAGCAAGUUUGAUUUGCCCAACCGGGAUGCCUACCGUGAUUUCUUUGGCAUCAACCCAGUGACUAGUUUCAAGCCACUCACAGCGCAAUGUUCCUACAUGGGUGGCUGCCUGCUGGAAAAGAUUGAGAGGGCCAUCACAGGUGACCUUCCGAGCCUCCUAAGCAGCAUCACCUCUGGCAAAAACCCCAUAUUCCCUCCUUCCUGCGAGGCCACAGGGUGUGGGGAAAAGCCGAAAAACCGCUACAGAAGAAACUGAGGGAAGAGACAGAAUGAGAAGAAUGGA